UCUACAGUAUGACCCCCCAUGCGAGGUGUGCGAGAAAAUGCGUGACUAUAUCCUUGAUCCACAAGAGGAAGACAAUGAAGAACGAAGGAAACUUAGAGAGGAGCUCAGGGAUGAUAUCCUGAAGGAUAUCCAGGUAUAUCCUGGUGCUAACGAUACAACAGACUUCGAAAAGGCGAAAAACGAAUACAUCGCUACGUACUAUGAUCAGGCAGGCGAAAGACACUUCUCCCUCCCAUCGGACACCUGCGUCAAAGAGAUUGAUUUCAAUGAUCUACUUAAAGAGGCAGAGAAAAGAAAGGAAAGUACUAAAGGAGAUGAUUUGGACGAUCUGGUCAGUCUUACAGCCUUUCAAGUCUUUCUCAAAAUGAAUGGAGUACUAGAACUGCCUGAUUCCAAUGCGGAGGGCAAGUGCAAGGCAUUCCUUGAUAUCUUUUCCCUGUAUGUAUGCGCAUCUUCCUCUAUUGGAAUGCCGCGGAAUCGACAGGAGCAUCAAUUGGUAACUGAAUCCAGAAUGGAGACGCUGGAGAAGCAAUUGCUCUUUUUGACACCACAACAGAAUGAGAUAAUCAAAAGUCAUACGGGGGACUUCAAAGAGUCAUGGCUCCUCCCCAUGGCGGGAGGGUCCGGAACAGGAAAGACUAUUAUUGUGAUGGAGAUAGCAAAGCGAUUGAAAAAUGAAAAGGAAAGGGAUGAAGUACUGUUAGUGAACCUAGGGGGUGGAGAGCUCACAAAGCGCUUCCGAGCAGAAUUCCAGGGUAAGUGUGAAUCACCUACUAGAUCUACAAGGUAG